UGCUGGUGAGGUAGCUCGGCACGUGGCUCACAAAGAGCGAACAGCAUGAAAUGGUUUUCUUUGAACACACAUUCUCUCGCUGAAGGAGAUUCUGUGAAGCGGACGCCGUACAGGCAUAUGCAAAGGGUAAACCAUUGCAAUGCCUUGUUUCAAGGCAAGCACGUAUCAACGUCGUGUGCCGACUUUGGAGUGCUUGUUUCUUUACGUGAAGUGUGGCUGGGCGACAGACCUAAAGACGCUGAGGGUUAUUCAAUAGUACAUCUCACCGCGGGCAAUUUAGGUCACUCUCGGCGGUGGAUAUGCACGACAAUGUCCGCCGUCAGAAGGCACAGAACCCCGAGAACCCACAGAAUUUAGGAAGCUGUCACGAGC